CUGGGAUCCCAGCGCCCCGCACUUCACCCGGGUCCGCGCUGCGGUCGCAGGCGGCGCGGCCGGUGCCCGUGCUGGCCCUCGCGUCCGCGCUCUUGGGCUCCCAGGCGGUCGAUGGGACCUAGCGCCGUGGAGCAGGAGGCGGCGGCCGUCGGGGGGCUGGGUCAGCGCGAGAGCCCGCCGGGGGGCUCGGGCAUGGCGGGCCGCAGGACCUGAGCCCUGCCCCGCGGGGAGCAACCUGGUGGCGGGCGAUGGGGACGGAGCGGGGCUGCAGCCGCGCCAAGCCGUGAGCGCCCCGCUUCCGCCGCCGCAGCCGCCGCCGCCUCAUCGCCGCCUCGGCCCCUCGCGAAGCGCCGGGCCUCUUGGGAUCAUGGCCUUGGAGCAGCUCUGCUCGGUCCUCAAAGUGUUGUUAGUAACAGUACUUGUAGUGGAAGGAAUUGCUGUGGCCCAAAAGACCCAAGAUGGACAGAACAUUGGAAUGAAGCACGUUCCUGCAACCCAGUGUGGCAUUUGGGUCCGAACCAGCAAUGGAGGUCAUUUUGCUUCACCAAAUUAUCCUGAUUCAUACCCACCAAACAAGGAAUGUAUCUACAUUUUGGAAGCUGCUCCACGUCAAAGAAUAGAGUUGACCUUUGAUGAACACUAUUAUAUAGAACCAUCAUUUGAAUGUCGGUUUGAUCACUUGGAAAUUCGAGAUGGGCCAUUUGGUUUCUCUCCACUUAUAGAUCGUUACUGUGGUGUGAAAAGCCCUCCAUUAAUUAGAUCAACAGGGAGAUUCAUGUGGAUUAAGUUCAGUUCUGAUGAAGAACUUGAAGGACUGGGAUUUCGAGCAAAAUAUUCAUUUAUCCCAGAUCCAGACUUUACUUACCUAGGAGGUAUUUUAAAUCCCAUCCCAGAUUGCCAGUUUGAGCUAUCAGGAGCUGAUGGAAUAGUGCGUUCUAGUCAGGUAGAACAAGAGGAAAAAACAAAACCCGGCCAAGCAGUUGAUUGCAUAUGGACGAUUAAAGCUACUCCAAAAGCUAAGAUUUAUUUGAGGUUCCUAGAUUAUCAAAUGGAGCACUCAAAUGAAUGCAAGAGAAACUUCGUUGCAGUCUACGAUGGAAGCAGUUCUAUUGAAAACCUGAAGGCCAAAUUUUGCAGCACUGUGGCCAAUGAUGUAAUGCUUAAGACAGGAGUUGGGGUGAUACGCAUGUGGGCAGAUGAAGGUAGUCGGCUAAGCAGGUUCAGAAUGCUCUUUACUUCCUUUGUGGAGCCUCCCUGUACGGGCAGCACUUUCUUUUGCCAUAGCAACAUGUGCAUCAAUAAUUCUUUAGUCUGUAAUGGGAUUCAAAACUGUGCAUACCCUUGGGAUGAAAAUCAUUGUAAAGAAAAGAAAAAAGCAGGACUGUUUGAACAAAUCACUAAAACUCACGGAACAAUUAUUGGCAUUACGUCGGGGAUUGUCUUGGUCCUUCUCAUUAUUUCUAUUUUAGUACAAGUGAAACAGCCUCGAAAAAAGGUCAUGGCAUGCAAAACUGCUUUUAAUAAAACUGGGUUUCAAGAAGUAUUUGAUCCUCCUCAUUAUGAACUGUUUUCACUGAGAGACAAAGAGAUGUCCGCCGACCUGGCCGACCUGUCGGAGGAACUGGACAGCUACCAGAAGACGCGGCGCUCCUCGACGGCCUCACGGUGCAUCCACGACCAUCACUGCGGGUCACAGGCACCCAGCGUCAAACAAAGCAGGACCAACCUCAGUUCCAUGGAACUUCCUUUCCGAAACGAUUUUGCACAACCACAGCCAAUGAAAACGUUUAAUAGCACCUUCAAAAAGAGUAGCUACACUUUCAAGCAGGCACAUGAGUGCCCUGAACAGGCCCUAGAAGACAGAGUAAUGGAGGAGAUUCCCUGUGAAAUCUAUGUCAGGGGGCGAGAAGAUUCUGCACAAGCAUCCAUAUCCAUCGAUUUUUAAUCUUCUACUGAAGGUGACGUUAAUUAUUAAGUAUGUACGUAUGCAGCCUACAGAGCAUCCAUGUUGUUUUCAACAGCCAACCCUUUUCUCCUGUCAGAACUAGAAAGACCUUCAUUUUGCAGUAAUGUAAUGGUGAAGUUUUUAUUAUCUCAGGCAGUCUAAAUGUUAACCCAACCAAGAAACUUAGUCCAUGCAGUAAAAAACAAAAAAUAAGCAUCUCUUGCUCAGUGUCCUGCAACAAAGCUCCAGUUACAUAGUAGCAUCUGGAGAGGGGAGCGGUGGUGCUGCGCCAGGCUCAGCGACCUGCUGGUGUUAGCAGCAGGAAGAGGGUUCCUGAUUGAUAUAGCUCUGUCAAAAUUUUGAUCCCACAAUGAGUUUAAACAUAAGAUUUUUCUUCACAUUCCUUUUACUUUUUCUUUUCUCUAAAUUUAAUUUGUUUUAGAAGCCAGUAAUGUUGCCGUUUUAGUUUCUUAUAUAAAUGGUUAAUGUUUCACAUGUAUUUCAGUAUAGGCAUUUGUUCUAGAAUUUGUCAAAAUAUAACUAGUUACUGUUGUAAGUGCCAGUUAAGACACAGAAUUAUGUUUCAUCCAUCUGUUUCUUGAGUAAUUUCCGUACUGCUGCCUUUUAAUUACUAGAUCCUUAACCUUUAUUUUCUGUGAUACGGUUUAGCACCUUUAAGUCAUAUUUUGUUUUGGUUAUAUUAUACUAGAAAGUUUCAUAAUCCUGGGAUAUAUGCACCAUUGCCAGUUACGACUAAAAACUUAAUUAAAAUUUUUUGAAAUUUCCCAGGUUUUAUCAUAUUCAGUGAUAGCCCAUUUUUUCCUGUGAGUGAAAGUCAUUUAAUUCAUUUUGGGGGCGGCCUAUCAUAUUUAUUUCCAGUGUUAACUCAUUACUAGAUCUGUGUUUCCUAUUUUUAUAAAAAGGUUAUUUCACUCCCUUUGUAUUGGUUUGUCCUAUAGCAUAUGGUAACCAAGGUUGUAUGAGAGUUAAAGGAAAAUGCCUAAGAAACUGUUUAAGCCUUUAGAUUGCUUCUUACUUGGGACAAUACAUUUUUCUAGUUCUUACCAAGAAUAACAGUUUCCACUUUUUUUUAAACUGCACUUUUGACCUUAUUUUUCUUAUGGUAUAUAAACAAUAAUUUAUAAACAUGAUAUACAAAAAUCAUUGUGUUUUUUUAGACUUUUGAUAUUAUUUGAUACUGUACAAACUUUAUUAAAUCAAGGUUAAAGACCUCCACGACAGAUUUCUUUUCAGUGUUCACAGUAGCGGCUUUGUAUACAAAUAUGCUGUGAUGGAACUGCACACUAUAAUUUAUUGUAAAAAUCUUGGUAAUGUGUACAUAAGCUUUUGUUUCCUCUUGUUAUUGCACUUAGUUUAUGAUAAAUUUUUCACUGGUAUCUGUGGAUCUAAAUCACUACACAAAUCUGAUAAUUAAAAUAUACAUUGUUACAAGAUUCUUCAAUCAUA